AUGGCCGAUAAGAUCAGCUCCAUCACCGACCUCCCCCUUGACAUCCUCGUACUCGUAUUUCCCUACUUGGACGCCAAGAGCUUCCUCGCCCUCUGCAGCACGUGCAAAGCCUUCCAACAACCGUCGAUUCAACUAGAUCCCGCGUACUGGAGUUACCUCGCCAGAACAACAUUCCGCGUCCCGAACCAGCCAGUCGUACAACAUGACGGCGACCGCUGGCAGAAGAUGUAUCGUCGCAUGCUUACCCAGAGCCGCGUCUACACAUGGGGUCAUAACUCGCACAACCGCCUAGGGCACGCCCUUGACCCGGAAGACCAUACACAUGGCCGUCGUGGGCCUCGGAUGAGAGCUGGCAUGAUGCGGCCAGGCAGGCGCAUGUACGCGGCACACCAAGCCUUUCCGACAGAGAUGGACAAGACAAGAGACUUGGGCGUCAUCGCUGAUAUGCAGUGUGGUGGCUGGUCCACGACCCUGCUUACCUCUAAAGGCACUCUACAUACUGCCGGUGUGCUAGAUGGCCAACGGAUACUCCUCGCCAAUGGGCCUCUACAGCCGCUCCACUUCCCUGAAGGAUAUCCUCCUACCGCUACCGAUGCCCAAUACGAAGAGCCAACCGUCGCCAUUCGCCAGUUCUCCUCCGGUCGUGCACACAUACUCGGACUCUCUGACAGCGGUCGGAUGUGGUCAUGGUACGACGUCAAGAAACCUGCGCUCCAGGUCAAAUUCGCAACCCUACAAUUGAACGACAUCUCCCUGAACGACACAACGCGAACAACGUCCAACUUUGGGCAAAUAAAACAAGUCGUAGCAGGUUGGAGCCGCAGCUCGGCCUAUGUACAUGGCAUCGGCAUUGUCGUAUGGGAUCCAGUCGAACGGGAUCAUGGUGAGGACGGCACAGAUACUAUGCUUGUCUUGGAACACGCCGAGGUCCCCCAAACCGGCUAUCAACAUGUCAAAGGAACUCGCGAGUCCGAUGAGCAGAGGGCUCUAGGUCGAGAGGUUGGGGCGGUACUGAACUAUGUUCUGCUUGAGCAUUUUGUCUUAUUCACCACCGACCUUGGCAAGGUCUUCUGUGGUAAAUUUGGAGCCAAGAACCAAGUCGAGGAUGUUAUUGAGCUUCAGAUGGUGCGUCAUGAGAAAGGAGCUCCUCUUGACGUUCAAGGCUCGUUCCGCAAUUUUGCCAUCUUCAAGGACAACGAAGUGAUCACUGGCGAUCAAAACUACCUUGAAUCAUGCUGGAGCCAUCGUCACAAUAGCUCUGGAGGCAUGCAAGGCCUCAAGAAGAUUCCCGCUCUGCAGGGCACUAAUGUCAUCUCGAUCGCUUUCGGUGACUACCACUACCUGGCACUCCAUUCGAAUGGUAAAAUUACAUCGUACGGCACCGAGAAUGGUGGCUGUGGCUCUCUCGGUCUGGGCAUGAACGAUGACAACCUAGUCGGAAAUGCGCGCGGUAUUGUGUAUGAUCAAUUCAACAACAACGGCCAGUUGCUCCCUCACGCAUAUACGACCGGUCGUCAGAUUUGGUUCGACGCAAGGAAGAACGAGUGGCUCAGGGAGGUUAUGCACGACCAAGCGCACGCUGAAGAAAGCGCUUCGCGUAGGGAACUCUUUUUGAGCGACCAUAACGUUCAGGGUGAAGUCAGUGAGUGGUUUGAGCAAGAGGGCAGAGCCUGGGAUCAAGACGGUGGCGAGGACGGUCUUGGCGCAUAUUUCGCUCUCCAGGUGAGCGCUGCAGGAUGGCAAUCUGGUGCUUUGGUCUUGGUCAAUGAGGAAUUGGCUAAAAAGGAUUCGACAAACAAUCGCGAGGACAGGUCAUUUCCCAGGCUCAAGCUCUCUGACGGCAGCGAGAUGCCCGGUGAGAAGGACUUUGAUGAGUGGAGAGAGGGCCGACCGGAAUUUCAACUAAACGCUUAA